UCGCCGGCCGGCUUCUUCACGUGCUUGCUGUUUGAAAGGAAAUAUCAUGUUGCGAAAUAUUAGUAAAGUUGUAGCGCAAAAUGCGAAAUUUUCCACAGCAGCUGCACCGGCACCUCAUACCAACCCCGAAAUUCUCUACACCGGACUCUUCAUCAACAAUGAGUGGGUGAAGUCAUCAGAAGGGAAGACCUUCCACACGGUAAACCCGGCCACAGGCAAGGUGAUUGCGGACGUCCAGCAGGCGGGCCCGGCUGAUGUGGAGCAGGCAGUGCAGGCCGCCAAUGAGGCUUUCAAGCUCGGAUCUCCAUGGCGGAGAAUGGAUGCCUCCCAGCGCGGGGUUCUGCUCAACAAACUCGCUAAUUUGGUGGAGCGCGAUGCCACUUACCUCGCUAGUUUGGAAACGCUCGACAACGGCAAACCGUACCAAAUGAGCUACUUGCACGAUGUGGUGUCGGUGGUGAAGAACCUGCGAUACUACGCCGGCUGGGCCGACAAAAACCACGGGUACACUCUGCCCGCCGAUGGAAACUACUUCGCGUACACCCGUCCCGAACCUGUCGGAGUAUGCGGCCAGAUCAUCCCGUGGAACUUCCCCGCUCUGAUGGCGGCGUGGAAGCUCGGGCCCGCGCUGGCGGCCGGCUGCUCGCUCGUGCUCAAGCCCGCCGAGCAAACCCCGCUGACUGCGCUAUACCUCGCACAACUCGUCAAGGAAGCCGGAUUCCCCGCUGGCGUGGUGAACGUACUGCCAGGCUUUGGGGACGUCGGUGCCGCUAUCGUCGCGCACCCAAAGAUCGACAAAAUAGCCUUCACCGGAUCAACGGAGGUAGGCAAACUGAUCCAGCGCGGCGCGGCGGAUUCCAUGAAGCGAAUCACCCUGGAGUUGGGCGGCAAGUCUCCUAACAUCAUCUUCGCGGACGCGGACGUUAACGCCGCCGUGGAGACGGCGCACUACGGGCUCUUCUACAACAUGGGCCAGUGCUGCACCGCCGGAUCCCGUACCUUCGUGCAAGACAAGAUCUACGACCAGUUCGUGGAGCUGGCGGCGAAGCGCGCCGAACAGCGCAAGGUUGGGGACCCCUUCCACCACGAGACCGACCACGGACCGCAGAUCGACGGCGAGCAACAGAACAAGAUCCUGGGCCUUAUCGAGAAGGGCAAGCAGCAGGGAGCCAAGCUGGAGACUGGGGGUACUCGUGCCGGCGACGUUGGGUACUUCGUGCAGCCCACCGUGUUCAGCAACGUGCAAGACCACAUGGACAUCGCUAAGAUUGAGAUCUUCGGGCCCGUCCAGCAAGUGCUGCGCUUCUCUGACGUGGACGAGGUGAUCGAGCGCGCCAACAACACGGAGUACGGUCUCGCCGCCGCCGUCUACACCAAGGACAUCGACCGCGCCAACUACGUUGUACAGGGCCUCCGCGCCGGUACGGUCUGGGUGAACGACUACAACGUGUUCUGCAACCAGGUGCCGUUCGGCGGCUUCAAGCAGUCCGGCCUCGGCCGCGAGAACGGCCCCUACGGCAUCCGCAACUACGUAGAGAACAAGUCCGUCGUUGUCAAACUCACCGCUAAGAACUCAUAGACUGCCUAUAAACGUAAAGAAUAACCCCCUUAUUCAUAAAACUUUACGGGUCUGAUUUAGUUAACCCGUCGAGCGCCGACCAUUUGUUGCAAAGCAAUUUGACCCAUAUUGAUUUGUAGCAACAUACGUCUAAUACUGAGUCACUAUAACCCAAAUUGAGUUAGCAUCACACGUGUCUUAGUAGGGCGCUCCACGGGUUAAAUUAUGUUUUAUUCCUAUCUAACAAAUAUGUACAUAAGUGAAAAUAACAGAUAAAUACAAACGAUUAUUACACAAUGGGGUUGGCAACUGUCAAAUGUUUGCAUAGAUGGCGCCGUCAUUGCUUCCCCUUUUUUUAAAGGACUGGCAUCCAGGGCGUAAAAUUCCAUUAAAAAACAGAAAAUUUACACAAUUCUAGGGAUUGACAGGGCAAGCUAUGCUGGCGCCAUCUGCUAAAUACUUCGACCGGCCAACCCCAUUGAGGUUUGUAGCGCGUUUAUGAAUAAGGGGGUAAGGCUACAAGUUAGCAUGAAGUCUUAAGGAAUUACAGUGCUUGUAUAUCUUGCCUGGUGCAAAUGCAAGUCGAAUAUUCUGCUUUCCUGCGCGAAUUGUAGUUCUAAACAUAGGUUUGUAGGUGUGUGUGUAAAUAACAGAUCAUUGCCAAAUAGCACAAGCUUAAGUUUAUGGAACACCGUUUUAGGAUAAUAUUAUGCUGUUUGUUUAAAUAUUCUUUGGCACAAUAUUGUAAUCUACUUCUUUAUGUGAUAAAAAUCUCUUGUCUUCCGUAUCUUAGUUAUUAUGAGGCUGAUACAAUGCAUUUGCGUAAAAGGUGCCAUUUCCGUUUAUCAUAAUUAUGUAUAAUUAUACUGUUGACACCUUCACUGCGCCAAUUAUUGUAACUUGUAAUUAAGCAUUUCGACCACAUACCGCAGUGAACGUGUGAAGUGAUCACUUCCUUGCAAUAUAUUAAGUAUAUGAUGUACGUAUGUAUGUUCAAGUUUAUUUUAAUAAAUAUAAACUUAAA